UGUGUGUGUGUGUGUGUACUGUAAGUAAUUGAGCAGCAGUAGUUUGAUGUAAUGGAGGGGAAGGGCGAGCCAGUCCGCCUACACGGGCUUUGUGUUGAUGUUCAGGCGGUGCAACAGCGCUGACAGUCCGCGACCAGAGCAACACCAGAGAACAUCAUUCCCAACACCCAUCCACCAUAAAGAGAGGAAGAGAGGGAGAGAAAGAGGACAAACGACGUUUUGGGCGAUUUUCACUGUAAGGGAGUGGAGCUGGACUGAGUCAUGGCCACUUCAACGUCUUGCACGGGCUCCACACUGCUGCAGCCAAUUAGUAAGAUUAUUGAUCUGCCACUGGACCAGGUGAACUUUGUGGUAUGCCAGCUCUUCGCCCUGGUCACGGCCUUCUGGUUCAGACUCUACCUGCACCCUAGCAAGACAAGUCCCUUCAUCCGGCAUGUAGUCGCCACCCUGCUGGGCUUCUAUUUGGCCCUCUUCUGCUUUGGCUGGUAUGCCUUACACUUUCUGGUACAGAGCGGUCUCGCCUAUGGUGUUAUGAUCUUCACAAGCGUGGAACACAUGCACAAAUACUGCUUUGUGGUUACGCUGGGAUAUCUCAGUUUCUGCCAGGUCACAAGAGUCUACGUGUUUGACUAUGGCAUGUACUCAGCAGACUUCACUGGGCCCAUGAUGGUCAUCACACAGAAGAUCACAAGUUUGGCCUUUGAGAUUCAUGAUGGUUUGAUGAAGAGGGAGGAGCACCUAAAGCCCAGUCAGAAGUAUCUUGCUGUCAGGAAGAUGCCCAGUCUGCUGGAGUAUCUGAGUUAUAACUGUAACUUUAUGGGGAUCUUGGCCGGCCCGACUUGCUCCUAUAAUGAUUACGUAGCCUUUAUCGAAGGCCGAUGCUACGAGCCCAAGCACCUGGAGUCAAACGGCAAAGAGAACGGGACGCUGAAGCAGAGUGACCCUUCACCAAAGAGGGAUGUGAUCCAGAAAGUGUGCACGUGUGCUCUGUCACUAAUGGUUUAUUUGCUGAUCUACGCUGCCUGCCCUACGGAGCGUGUCAUCGACGACACCUUUAUGGCCUCGAACCCUUUCUACAUCCAGGUCUUGUACCUCUACAUCUCCAUGUUGGCUUUACGCCCCAAAUACUACUUCGUAUGGACGUUAGCCGAUGCCAUCAACAAUGCAGCUGGUUUCGGGUUUAAUGGCUAUAACACAGAUGGCACCCCCAAAUGGGACAGAAUCUCAAACUUAAGAAUACUCAAUAUCGAGUUUGCCACCAGCUUCAAGAUGUUCUUGGAUAACUGGAACAUUCAGACGGCACUUUGGUUGAAAAGAGUGUGUUACGAGCGCUGCCCGUACAAUCCGACUGCGGCCACAUUCCUCCUCUCAGCCAUCUGGCACGGGGCUUACCCGGGCUAUUACCUGACCUUCGUCACAGGCAUCGUUGUAACAAAGGCAGCACGGGCAGUAAGACACAAUGUGAGGCAACACUUCCUGGGCUCCGCCGCGCUCAAGCUCAUCUAUGACGUGAUCACGUGGUUCAGCACACAGAUGGCCAUUUGUUACACUGUUGUGCCAUUUGUGCUGCUGGCAGUGGGGCCUUCACUAAAGUUUUAUAGCUCGUGGUACUGCUGCAUUCACCUGCUCUGCGUGUUGCUGGUGCUGGUUUUACCCGUGAAGUCCAGACGCACGAAACAACAGGAACAGCUGGGCAGCAUUCAGGCCAGCGAACAGAACUGUCUCUCCUCUCCCGACAACAACUGCAACCAGAAGCAGAAAGCCACAUGAGGGCAGGAAGGGCUGCUCGACCCGCACACAGCGCUGGGGGGAACUCUGAUUUCAGUACUGAGAGACGAGAGCGGCCAUUACCUCCCUUAGAUCCGACCACACUGACAGAGACACAAACUCCAGCAACAGUACAGCCAUUGGAGAUGGGUUUUAAAUGGGAAAUCUUCAUAGGAUCAUAUGAAAUUGGUUGAUUGAUGAUUAAAAUGGUGAAUAACUGACUUCAUUGUCAGUUAAUCGGAAGUUGCCUUAAACACUCUGUAUAUUUCGGACCUGAAGCCUCGUAUGGGGAUGGUGUUACAUAGGAACAGACAAGUCAUCGUUGGCUUAUUGAUUCACUACAUUAGUGCAGGACGUCUAGCACUGGAAUCAACUUCUAGAGUACCUGGAAGGUUUCCGCCAUUGUCAACCUCUCUUUUAGUUCUUCUCAAUGGAAAUGUGUGCGGUAAAUGAUAAGAAACAAGUCCAGUUGCGUGUUGCCAAACUUAUAGGCCUUAGGUUCCUAUCUCUUGCCUUUGUUUCAUCUUUAAGAUUUCUAAAUUUCCGUGGGUUUCUAGUAGGUUCAUAUCUGUCAACAUCUUUGAAACAAGAAUCAACGGUAAGAAAACCGGAAUUUUUUUCAGUUCUUUUUGUUUAUCGUUAUUUUUUUAAUUUUGGUUGGAUUAAGGGUUAUAUUAAUGCUCUUUAUUAUUAUUUGUUUAAUGGGUUGUAGGUUUCCUCAGGGCACACAGGUCUUGUUUUAGACCAUUUCAGAUUUUCCUCUAGCAUCUGUGUUUCUCCCGCGACACAGAGCCCGUCUGGAGAACACAGAAGACCGAUCGAUAAUAUUCCAUAUCACAGCUUGUUCGUGUUUUUAUGUCACAGACAGAUAUGGGAAGUGCAAUAACUGUAUUGUUUCCAUAGGUACAUGUCAAUGGAAACGUGGGAAAAACUUUGCAAGCAGUGCUAACGCUCUCAUCACAUCAACAAUAGUGUGAAUUUUGUAGUGGUUUGGUAUUUAAGUACACUACCGGCCAAAAGUUGGGAUAAAUCGGAUUUGUUCCUCUUGAUCUUAAAACCCUGUUGAUCUAAAGGCGUAUGCUUGAAAUGAGUAAAUAUGCAUAUAAAUUGUGCCAACAUAGUAAUUCCUUAAAACUGAGUUUAAAUAGCGCUUUUGUUGCUUUUUGUUUUGUUGUGGUUUUCUUCUUUUUUUUUUUUUCGUUUGUUUGGUUUUGUUUGACUCACAUAGUGUUGAGCUUGGGAGCCACAUAAUUCCCAUAUUUCCAUUAGUUAUUUGACAGUUUUGACGACAGUAUUAUUCUAAAAUGUGUAAAACUGUAAUAAUAGACUCUUAACUUUUUGCUGGUGGUGUACUGUACAUGCAGUAAUCAGAUACAUGCGGUUUCAACUUUUAUUUAACAAUACAUCAAUACUCUGGGGCCCUUAAGAAACCUGCAAGUUGUGUGAUUUCACAUAAGAAUUUGUCUUCAACUGUGAUCUUCUAAAAGGCUUUAGAGAGCCUUGCUCAUUUUAUUCAAGCGUCUGGAAAAUCAGACCUCGUCAUAUUUUUAUCCGAACCUUUUAUCCCUCGUUCAAAAGCGACUCUAUAUGUUAGUUUUUGUUUUCAUUUGGUAAUGAAGGGCUGAAGGGACUAAAGCAUUUACCAAAGUGAGUCUCCCUGAACUUUUGUUAACUAAGCAAGUUCAGGAAUAAGAAAAUCAUAUUCUUGGGCGUGAAGUUGACCAGCCUCCAUUUGGAGAAAACGCUCUGAACCAGCCCCUGAGGUUUCAUAAGCACACUUCUCUAAAAUCUUAUUGUAUUGUAUUAAUUACUGUGAUGAGUUACAGCCCUGUACCAACAGUUUUAGUUACUGCAAAACUAAUAUGAAGCUUAAUAAUAAGCAACUCUGCUGGAAACAUACAGAUAUACUGUAUAAUUUCUCUUUUUGUCUUUUCGUUUCAUAAAAUUUUGGUUAAUGAAUUGUUUUAACUGCCCAAAACCAAUAUGUCCCACAGUAAGCAGUGUACUAACUAGCACCGCAAUGCAAAACUUGUUUCAAAUGUCCAAAGUGCCAAAUCACAUGAGGUGCACAAAAAGAUCACGUUAUUUGUACAGGUUUACAACAGGGUGAGUGGUUUGUACUUAAAAAAAAAACAAAAAAAAAAACCCAAGUCAUUUAUUUGGUCUGAUGCUGACAUAAUUUUUACCUACUGAGAUUUUGGGAGGAAUUAUUUUUCACUCCCUCCCUAUUUGCACUUUUGCUAGGAAUGAGUUGGGGUAGAGCUAACUUAGAAAAACUGCAGAAGCAAUGCAAGAAACCUCAGUGCUCCUCAACAGUUAGAGUACGUGCUUAAUGAAUGAAUUUGGCCAAAAUGUUAAAUUCAUUGUAGCAGCGAAGGAGAAUUAAGACGGUAUUCCAGUGUUAAAGGGAUGUAUUAUAAACAGGCUUCCUCCAUAGAAAGACGUUAAAUGUGUGUUCACUGCUGUUUAUGUGUAAACAUUGUCCCUUUGUUCAGAUAAUGUUCAGCUAAAUACAGCCUAACAUCAUCUUGUUGAGCCCCAAGUAAUAGAGGAGGCAUGUUUUUAAGGCCUUACUUAUCUGUAACAUUUUUGGUUCAGCCAUCAUUUAUAUCAAUUCCAUUUCCAACUACUGAUUCUACAAAGAAUGACCCAAAGCGGUGUGUGAAACUGUGUUGACUACUGUCAAUUUUCUUUCUUUAUUAUUAUUAAUAAUAUAGUGCAUUUGUUGUGUAUUAGCCUUCUCGGUUCUGUUGUUUGUCAUUGUCUUGUAGGUCUUUAAGGUUCAUACAAAAUAAGUGAUUGUGGCCCUUAGUGAACAAGCAAACCCCCUUAACUGGUUGUUAAAGCUUUCCAGAUAUUGCACAUAAUCGAUUAACUUUUCCAUUGUGGUUCCUACUGACUGGUUGUGAUGUCUCAUAACCUGGCAGUGCACAGGAAAACAAUAAUGCAAUGUGUUUGUGGAGAGAUAAAGAAAUAAGUAACCCCUAACAUGUUAGCUACUUUGAUAUAUAUCAGUUCACCAGUAUACAUUUAGAAAACACUAGGUUGUCUGUGCACAUGUACUUGGAUCGAGAACUGUCCAGAGAACAAGCACAGCCUCUUUUUAUUUUCUGUAAUAAUCAUAAUCUGAGAUGUGACACUUACCCAGCAUUUGAAUUGUUUGACAAACUGAGGGCUCUGAAGUUGUACCAAGCCAACGAGUUGUCCUUUGAUUAAAGGAUUUGACAUUAAAAAUGAAUUCCACUACCAUGAUGAUAGUCUCAAAAUAAAUAAACCGUAUUUUCCUUCCCGGUA